GGAGGUGGUGUUCCUGUCCGCCAUCUUGGAUGUACGGUGUGAUUGUUUGAGGAGCAGAAGUGACUCUUUUUGGACAAAAUCCUCCUCAUUCUGAGUUGUUGAAGAUUUACAGAAGCGGUGUGGCAGCGGAAAGGAACCGGAAGUGGGAAAACUGCAGGUCAGAGGACAUGCAGACCUCAUCCUAGUCAUCAGUCAUGGCCGAUAAAAGGAAACUUCAAGGUGAAAUAGAUCGAUGUCUGAAAAAAGUAGCAGAAGGAGUGGAGCAGUUUGAAGACAUCUGGCAAAAGCUUCACAACGCAGCCAACGCCAACCAGAAGGAGAAAUAUGAAGCAGACCUCAAAAAAGAGAUUAAAAAACUGCAGCGUCUUCGAGACCAGAUCAAGACGUGGGUAGCAUCCAAUGAAAUCAAAGACAAGAGGCAGCUAGUAGAGAACCGCAAACUGAUAGAGACGCAAAUGGAACGCUUCAAAAUAGUGGAGAGAGAAACCAAGACCAAAGCGUACUCCAAAGAAGGACUGGGCCUGGCCCAGAAGGUGGACCCGGUCCAGAAGGAGAAGGAGGAGGUGGGCACCUGGUUAACGAAUACCAUCGACACGUUGAACAUGCAGGUGGACCAGUUCGAGAGUGAAGUGGAGUCUCUGUCUGUCCAAACCAGGAAAAAGAAAGGAGACAAGGAGAAGCAGGACCGAAUCGAGGAACUGAAGAAGUUCAUCGAGAAGCAUCGGUAUCACAUCCGGAUGCUGGAGACGAUCCUGAGGAUGCUGGACAACGACUCUGUGCAGGUGGAGGCCAUCAGGAAGAUCAAGGAUGACGUGGAGUACUACGUGGACUCAUCACAGGAUCCAGACUUUGAGGAGAACGAGUUUCUGUACGACGACCUGGAUCUGGAAGACAUCCCCCAGUCUCUGGUGGCCACCUCCCCUCCAGGACACUCCCACUUGGAGGAGGAGCUCUUCCUCCACUCCAGCAGCACGCCCACCUCCACCACCUCAUCUUCACCCAUCCCCCCCUCUCCUGCCACCGGUACUACGGAGAACUCAGAAGACGACAAGAAGAGGGGACGAUCGACUGACAGUGAAUCUCCUGUGAAAAAUGGAAACCCCUCUUCCUCCUCUUCCUCCUUGUUAUCUUCCUCUUCAUCCUCUUCUUCCUCUGUCUCGGGGCUGAACUCGUCCUUACUCAUCUCCAUGGCGACCAUCACGGGGAGCGGAGGAAGCAGCGGCACUGGGACCACCGGUCACCUCAGCAGCUCAGGGAGUUUGGUGUGCACCCCCCCCCCCACCUCCAGCGGCAGCUACAGCAGCGCCCCCCCGCAGCCGCUGCACCCAUCAGCACUGCAGCAGCUACCAGCCAAACACUCAGCCAGCGCCUCUGUAGCUCCACCCACCCCCAUCCCCAGCACCUCCACCAAUAGCCACGCCCCCUCCUCUGCCUCCUCGCCCCCCAACCCCAUUCUACAGGGGCUCCUCACAUCCACCGCUCCGUCAGGAGCCCUGCCCACUUCCAACAGCCUGGGCCUCAGCCUGAGCCUGACCCUGGGCAGGAGCCUCAGCCCUGCCUCUGUGUCGGGGGGGCUGGGCUUGUCCCUGAGUACGAUGGGGGGCCUGCUGUCCGGCUCCGCCCCGGUGCCCUACGCUCAGGCAGCGGCUUCGGGUGCGGUUGGCUCUCUGGGUGGGGUCGGCACCUCGGCGGUUAUAGGCUCGGCAGGCUCCAUCGGAAGUGGGAGCAUGGCAGUGGGCGGGCCGACGUCCACGACGGCAGGUCUACUGGGCGCGGCGCCGGGGGCAGGCAGCAUGUCCUCCGGGAUUCUGGGUCUGGCGUCCAGUCAGCCGGGGCUGCAGGGUUCUGCUCUGUUAGCGCCCAGCCCUGGGGAAGGGUUGGUGCUGGGGGGGGGCAUGGGGGGGGGGGACGUCGGGGUCAUCGGCAACGGCGGAGGAGGCAGGGGAUCGGCAGGAAGUGGUGGAGCAGGAGUCAGCGGAGGAAGUUCAUCACUCUGUGUCCAUCCACCGAGUCGACCGAAGCAGAACGGAAGCACCAGUUAUAGUUCUGUGGUAGCAGACAGCACAGCAGACUCCACCCUCAGCAGUGCCAGCCAAUCACAAAGCAGCCAACCCCCCAGUCUGACCUCUACAGCCAAUCAGCUUAUGGACACUGGUCCCAGUUUACUGGGCUGCCUCAGCUUCUCCUCCUCCUCUCCUUCACCCUCCUCCUACAGCGAGGCCAAAACUGGCAACGGUGUCAGCCUGAUGAACGGACCACUAUCCUACACACAGUCCACCGACAGCAGCAAGGUCCAGGAGCCUCUGAGCAGCCUGAAGGCCAUGACCGAGCGAGCAGCACACGGUUCAGGGAGAGAGGGGGACAGCACCGCCCUGCACCUGACCCCAGACAUCUUCCCCGGCUCCACUGCCCCCCCCGCCCCCCCCUCGGCGCCUCAGCCCUCGCUGUCCGAGGUCAGCGUCCCGCCAUCGCUGGGGGUCUGCCCGUUGGGUCCAGUUCCCCUGUCCAAAGACCAGGUCUACCAGCAGGCCAUGGAGGAGGCGGCGUGGACACACAUGCCCCACCCAUCGGACUCAGAGAGGAUCAGACAGUACCUGAUGAGGAACCCCUGCCCCACCCUGCCCUUCCACCACCAGGUGCCGCCCCCCCACUCGGACUCUGUGGACUUCUACCAGAGGCUGUCCACUGAAACGCUCUUCUUCAUCUUCUACUACCUGGAGGGUACCAAGGCCCAGUAUCUGGCAGCCAAAGCCCUGAAGAAGCAGUCGUGGAGGUUUCACACCAAGUACAUGAUGUGGUUCCAGAGACACGAGGAACCCAAGACCAUCACUGACGAGUUUGAGCAGGGAACAUACAUUUACUUCGACUAUGAGAAAUGGGGCCAGAGGAAGAAGGAGGGGUUCACCUUUGAGUACCGCUACCUGGAAGACCGAGACCUGCAGUGACCUGUGGACCAGACCUGGACCAGACCUGCAGUGACCUGUGGACCAGACCUGGACCAGACCUGCAGUGACCAAAGGACCAGACCUGGACCAGACCUGCAGUGACCAAAAGACCAGACCUGGACCAGACCUGCAGUGACCAAAGGACCAGACCUGGACCAGACCUGCAGUGACCAAAAGACCAGACCUGGACCAGACCUGCAGUGACCAAAGGACCAGACCUGGACCAGACCUGCAGUGACCUCUGGACGUACGUCAGACGGAUGUUGGACGGACAUCGGUUGGACAUCAGGCGCUGAGACGGAGGAUGACGAUGCUCCAGCCUGUUUUGUGUGUGUGGGUGUGUGUGUGUGGGUGGGGGGUAGUGGGGCAUGGGGUCACUCAAACUCAUUGAAGACCCUCCUUCUGUCUGACCCCGCCCCUCCUGCUGUCUGACCCCGCCCCCUCGCCUCAGGCCUUUUCCUCUUUGAACAGACAUGGUUUGUUUGUUUCAGCUCAUAUUUAUCUGCAGGUUUUUCCACUUUGUGUUUCCUGUUAUGUUGACUUUGAAAUCCCCUUAAAUCACCCUUACCUUUAUUAACCCUGAAGAACCAAAGAUUAGCCCCUUUAAUCACAGUCCGAGCCUCAGAUCAUCUGUGACCAGUUGAACAGGUUAAAGGGUCAGUUCACCUUAAGGGUUCAAAUGGUUUGUCUUUUUAAAACCUUAAAACCAUUGGAACGAAACCAAAUAAUAACAAUUUAAAUCUGGUUUAUUUUUAGGAGUUUGAGUUUAAGGGGAAAAGUCUGACUUUAAUGAUUCCAGUUUGUGAAAGUUUAAUGUUUGUGUUUGGACCAAAUUAAAUAUUCAUUUAGAACUUCUGGAAAAACAAACAAUUCACAGAGAAAAGAGGAAAAUACUAACCCUAAGGGUUUUUAGGUUAACCCUAAGGGUUAGGGUUACGUUAACCCUAAGGGUUUUUAGGUUAGCCCUAAGGGUUAAGUUUAGGUUAGCCCUAAUGGUCAGGUUAACCUUAAGGGAUAGGUUAAGGUUAACCCUAAGGGUUAGGUUAAGGUUAAUGCUAAGGGUUAGGUUAAGGUUAAGUCUAAGGGUUGGAUUACGGUUAACCCUAAGGGUUAGGUUAAGGUUAACCCUAAGGGUUAGGUUAAGGUUAACCCUAAGGGUUAGGUUAAGGUUAAUGCUAAGGGUUGGAUUAAGGUUAACCCUAAGGGUUAGGUUAAAGUUAAUGCUAAGGGUUGGAUUAAGGUUAAUUCUAGAGUUUAGGUUAAGGUUAACCUUAACUUAUUCCCAGUUCUGACAUAUUUUAUUUUUCUUGGUCAAAGAUUUUUUUUUACUGUUUGAACAUUUUUCACCAAAAACAGAAAAAACCUUUAAACUGAAGUGAACUGAACCUUUAACCUUUAAUGCUGGAGUCAACAGAAAAAAACUACAUCUGCACCUGCUGCUUCUGCUUCUUCUUGUCUUUUCUGGUUUGGUGUUGUUUUGGCCCCUCCCUCCUCAUGUCAGGUCCACAUUUCCUUUUGUUUCUCAGGAACUAUAUUUGAUCAUUUUCAGAGGAAGUGUUUCUGCAGCAGCUGCACCGACACCAGCGCUCAUCUGAGUCUGGAAAUAAACGCUGUCAGCGCCUUCAGUUCCACCAGGACCUGGACCAGCCAGGACCUGGACCAACCAGGACUCCUACCAUGAGGGACCGCCGGUCCAUCCUAAAGGGACAACCCUUUUUCUCCACACUCUAACUCUUGGAACCUGUCCUUGGGUUUUCUUUGUAAUUUUUCAUCUGGAAUAAAGACACUUUCAAAGUGACGCUGAAAAAGUCAAUAAUGACAGAACCGUGAAUAAAAGAUUGUAAAAUAUUAAUUAAAGAAUUACUUUUCAGAAAACAAUGCUUGUUGUGUGAUUUGUGAGCGUUGGC